AUGACACUUGCACCAACACCUGCUUCUGUGCUUAUUUAUACUGUGGGGCUCAGGUACAUGACUGAUGCACAAGAGGCAGACUUUGGACUCCGUAGGGCCAAACUUAAGGAACUCUAUCUUCAGAAAGAAGAGGAGUUAAGACUGCAGUCUGAUCAUACUAGAGCAGUGGAGGUGGAACUGGAGGUGCUACGUUCUCAGGUGCGAGAGCUGCAGGAAGAACUGGAGGAGGCUCGCAGUGCAGUCACAAUUGCACAAUGUACAGCUGAAAAUGACAUUGCUGUGGAACAACGUAAAUGUCAGGAGGAAAUAGCCACAGUCCAACAGCUCAUGAAAGAGGAGGUAACGAAUGCAGUUGGACAGACAGGUGACCGGUAUGAAGGGGAGAUCAAAAGACUCAAAAAGUUAACGGAAAGACUGGAUGCUGAAAAGCAGCACUAUCGACGCCUGUAUGAGCGGCAGCUGGAGGAUUCAUAUAUAAGAUCAAAGAGUGAGAGCCUCCUGAGUCCAGGUGUUAUCUCAGCUGUCACCAAGUCUUUGGCUAAGAGAGUGCCUAGCUUGAGUCCCUCGUCUGCACUCAGCACCCCUGAGAAGACACCUUCCACUGGCUCAGCAGGGCCUCCCCUGGGGACUGGUGUAGAUGCUGAGAACCUGGAGGACAGCAUGAGGAAGGCCCAGGAAGAUGCUGCACUUCUUAGGUCUCUGGUGGAGCCCUUGGAGGAAGAAAUUAAUGCUCUUAAGGAGAAAAUCCGUGCCCAGGAUGCCCAACUGCGAGCACAUGAGGCCCAGCAGGCAGCCUCUCUCCACACAGCUGAUCUAGUGGCUCCCCUUCUGCAGGGUACUGACACACAGCUGGUGGUCACGCAGCUGGAUGAGAAGUUAAAAGGUAUGAGUAACACACUAGAAGCAGAGAAGGCAUCCCGUGCUGAUCUUGAGCUCUAUACUGCCAUCCUUAAUACACAAAAAACUGCACUCAAUGAUGAUGUCGACAGACUACGCACACAACUAACUGAACUGAGACAGGCUUUUGAAGAUGAACGUCGUCAACACAGAGACCUGAAGCACACUUGGCAACGUGCAAAUGAUCAGUUCCUCGAAGCUCAGCGUUUACACCUGGCAGACAUGAGACGGAUGCAGUCUUUACUCACUGUGGAUCAGCAACGAAAAUUGGAAGAACUGCAGAGGAGUGAGGAAGCAUUAGCCAAAAGUCAGGCAAGUUCCAUCUCAGAGGUGCGGCCAGAUCUGAAACCAGGCGUCAAGCCUACAUCUCCCCAGCUUUCUUCCAUGUCACCUGCUUCCAGAAAACGAGUCACUUCUCCAUCUCCUGAUCUGGAGGUUGUUGCUGAUGAUGAGCGACCUUAUGCACUUGUGGACCUUGAUGAUGACCAUGCCUCUUCUACUACACCCCAACUUGUCCGUGGAGAGCUUGCUGGUAGUGAACAGAGUGAUGACCUGAGCAGUGAGGCUGAGACGCACAGUCUACCUCCAGACAGUCUUGCACCAGAGAGUCUGGCUCCUGACAGCCUUUUAGCAGAACGUUUCAGUCCAGAUAAAAUGCCUCAGCUCACUCAAGACCAACAGAAAGCUCUUGCAGAUGUGACACCAGAUUCAGAGGGUGUGACACAGAGUGAAUCCAUAUUAACACCCGGUGAUGAUGACUACGUUACCAUCGAUUUGGCUGUGGGAGGAGGCAGUGGUACAGGGUCAACUGGCUCAAGAAGGGUAGUUAGUGAAGUAGAGUGGAAUUUACUCAAUGAAGAGAUCCGGCGUGCCAGGUCACGUAUUGGGCGAUCUUGUCAAUUGUGCUCCAACUAUCAAACGCAGCUGCAGAAGAUUCAAAGUGAGCAGCGAGAGACAGAGAAACAGAAGGUAGAUCUAGAAAAGGCUCUAAAUCGCUACCGAGAAGACCUGGACCGUGAAGCCCGCUAUCGCCAUGUGAUGGAGGACAAAUGGCGUACUAUGGCAGAGGAUUAUGAAAAAAAGGUUGCUGGUGUAGCUAGUGUGGUGGAGGCUGCCACGGGGAAGCACAAUGAAGUUGUGGCCAAAUUUCGUGCUACAGUGACACACCUUCAUGACCAGCUAAGAGUCCUCACAGAGCGAAGAGAGGCAGCACAACAGGAGCUAACCAGAUUACAGAAAGAGAAUGAUGAUCUGGUUGGUAAGCACAGUCAGCACUCACAGCAGCUACAGAAUGAGAUUAUUAAUCUUCCUGAUAAUAUGGAGGAAAUGCAGCUGCUCCUCCUGCGUUAUCGGGAGGAUAUCAUUGCUGCGAAGGUCUCCAAAGAGCAUCUUGAAGAGACGCUCAAAUCAGAGAUACUCUUCCUAAAGGAUCAAGUGCUGGCAGAGCAACAUGAGAAAAACACCAUAGAAGAUCGUCUCUCUUCAGAGAUUGACCAGCUGAGAGAGAAGGUUGCUGUCUUGGAAAGUGUAGAGAGCCAGAUGAAGGCUGAACGAAGAAGCAGGGCAGAGAGUGAUGCGCAACUUAAAGAGCUGGAGAACAGGCAGUCUGAGGCACAGCUCAAGAGCCAGCAAAUCAUCUCUGCUCUCAAAACACAGGUAGCUGAGCAGACACAGGCAAGGGCAAGACUGGAAGCUGAAGUAGUUGAACUUCGAGGAAGAGUUUCUGCUCUCCAGCAUGAUCUUGACACUUCUGAAGCUGUCCAAAGAGAUUUUGUGCGGCUCUCACAGUCCCUCCAGGUUCAGCUAGAGAAAAUACGACAGUCAGAAAAAGAGGUGCGCUGGCAACAUGAAGAGGAUCAGGAGGAAUGCAACAGUUGCAAGCAGCGAUUUUCUGCAAUGGGACGAAGAAAGCAUCAUUGUCGUCACUGUGGGAAGAUCUUCUGCAAUGAGUGUGUGAGUAAGACUGUUCCCAGCGGGCCACACAGACGUCCCUCCAGAGUGUGUGACGUAUGCCACACACUUCUCGUGCAAGACGCCACACCAUACUUCAGUUCAGAACCGCCGCAUUCACCUGACUGACCUAUAUCACCACAUUUACAGUUUCCUUGUGACCUCUGAUAUGUUAUUGUUAUCUUUUAAUGUUAACUAUGGAUAAUGAAACAACAGUUAUGCUGCAAUUUUAAUAUCUGUAAGCAUAUGAUGAAUUGUCCUAAUAAUAUCUGUCAGAUAACUGCAGUUGAUGAACCACUUGUUAUGGAAAUGAAAAAGAGAAGAAAUCUUUAGCAGCCACUCCUCACAUCCUUAUGCAAAGUUUAUUUUCUCAUAUGAGCACUGUUUCAGAAUUCUCUUUUUCUGCCUUUUCAUUCAUGGUCCUCCUCUCAGUAUAUCUUCUCCAUAUUGUGAUUGAAAAGAGAAUUUAUCUAUUCUCGUGUGGAAGUUUAUAUGUGUGUGUGUGUGUGUGUAUAUGUAUGUAUGUAUGUAUGUAUGUUUAGGUGUAUGUG